AGUCGAGCGCAACGAGAUUGAUGGCAACGCUGCGGGCAGACCAGGUGGACGCGCUGAAGCAUGCAAGACCCGUGCAAGUGGAGACUACGACUUCGAAGCAAGCAAUCUCUAUCGAGCCGUUCAACUCGAAGGAGUUGGAGGAGGUCGUGUAUCUGCAUGCUGGAGGUCCCGUGUGGACGCUCGAUUGGUUGCACCCUCCGUCUACAAACGCGUCGUACGUUGCCUUAAGCGCGCAUCCGACACAAGUCACCGCAGACGGCGACACUGUCACUCCGAACCACGUGUAUAACGACCGAUACGAGGGCUCGAACGUCGUGCAGAUCUGGUCGUGUAUUGCAAAAUCCAAGGCGUCGACACCCGCUUCGUCCUUGGUGCUUACCAUUCCACACAACGGGGGAUUUGCGUGGGUGCUCAAGUGGGCUCCCCAUGCAUGUGCUUCGUUGCCAAUAGGGCUGGGCGUUCUUGCUGUCGCACUGGGCGAUGGGUCGCUCCAUCUCUACCGCUUUCUCGAGGACCAUUCGUACUCCGUCUUGGGCACAUACCACGACCCCCAAAGCUCAUUCUUGGCAAUCUCGUGGUCGCGCACGCACCCGUACAUGUUCUUGACGGGACGAGUCGACGGAGCUAUUCACAUGUGGAACGUGCAAGACGUCCUCGAAGAAGGUUGCAAUCGGUCGACUUCGGUCGCCGUUGCCACGUUCGCCCCGCACUGUCGCUUUGAGGAUGCCGAUUCCAUGUCCAAGCAACCUCGGCACCAUUGGGGCUGCGGCUGGGUCGCAGUACGGGAGAUCGAGUGGAGCCCCCACGACCCGUACGUCUUCUGCUCGAUUGGCAACGACACAACUCUUCGCAUCUGGGACAUCCGGGAACCCCGCGCGUGCCUCCGCGCCCACCGCCUCGUCAACUUUACGUUUGGUCUGGGCGCGUUGUGGUUUAACCCCACGACGAUAUUUAUCGCAACAGACCAAGGCGCUAUCUUUGGGGUCGAUCCGCUGACUGGCAUGCAGCGCCUCUUGCUGACGCAUCCCCACUUGGACAGCCCCGUGUGGUCUUUUACGUCAGCGCGAUGCAUUCCUCCAAACAUUCCCGUCAUGCUGUCGGCGUGUGCGAGUGGAAUGAUUUUACAAUCCCGCCUCGAUCGGCUCAGCACCAAGAGGUCGUUGCCGACGGCGAUUGUGCAGCUCCAGACAUCGCCCACGGCUGCAUCGCAACAGCUUCGUAUUUCAUAUGCCAAAGUGACGCGCAAGAGCACCGCGACCAACGGCAAGCGUGUGUUUCCAGACCGAUCCCUCGCCAUCCAUCGCGUGAUGUUAUCUCCGAGUGGGUCGCACAUGCUGUGGGCAGGAGCGACGGGCGUUGUGGCGAUCAAGCCGUAUGCGUUUGGUGUGCCGCGUUCAAGCACGGGUAAACCCAUCGGCCGGCCGCGAAAGUACGACAUCAAUUCAAAGCAAGGUCGCCGCAAGAAGCCCCUCAAGUACAACAGCGACCAAGACAUUCCUGACUUUGACAACGAAGGGUCUGCAGGAACCAGUAGCACGAGCGAAGACGUCGGUGUGGAAGAUUUAUCCGAUGGUGACGGAAAAGAUGAUGCGGCCAUUCAAUCGGAGGAUCAUGCCAAGGGCAUGAAACGACCUGCCCCCGAACGAGUUGUCGCCACGCGAAAAAAGGCCAAAACGUCGUACGCGGAGCACAGUGGAUCAGAGAUUGAAGUACCCGACGACAGCAACGAUGACGAUCACGAAAUCGCACCAAACAAGGCGGUUGGGUCCGACGUUCAGCAACCAAAGCCGCGUGAACGAAAGGCACAAACUCUUUCUCCUGCAGUCGUGGUGGUGGUCGAUGCAUCCGUGAAAAGAAGAGGCCGAGUGAAGAAGGAAGGCGUCGUCGUCCAACCCGCAGGGCAAGGUUCCCUGGACAGCUUUUUCGCCCCCAAGACGCCAAAGGUCCUUUCCCAACCCAAGGUUCUGGCCGAUGCGCUUGCAAGGGAUGUACCAACCACUAAGAGUUCAACGAAUGCGACAUCACAAGUUGCCGUCGUUCCUGAUGUUUCCGUUAAAAUGCGUGGCCGGCCGAAGAAGGAAGCUGGCCAACCGUCUUUGCCCGCAACCUCGCCAGGCAAUGAAGGGACCGGGGCCAUCGCAGAACCCAGAACAGCCAAGGGAAAACGUGUGGCCAAGAAGCCACCGACUGCUGCGGAGGCCAAAAAGGUCACACAGACACCGUCACAAGUCCAUGCACCUGUUGAACGAACCGCCGCCGCUUCGUCGGAGGCCACUGGCGCAAAGAAAAAUGCUGAUACACCCAACGUACCGGUUAAGAAACGUGGGAGACCUCCGAAGACAGCGAUAGCCAAGCAUGCUCUGGUCGACUCUGUACCCGCCGCCUCGACCAAAGCGAGAGGCAGACCCAAGGCAGCAAGCCAGGAGUCUCCCGUGGUUGCUGCGCGAAAGGCGCCAGCGACGGCUGCUGGCAAAAAAACGAUGGUCCAGACCAAAUUGCAACUGGUUAAAGUGGAGACCACUGCUGCGAGUCCAGCGGCGACAACGCCCCAACAAAUCGAUGGCGCCGGUUCCCGUCCAUGUCCGUUGACCGUGGGCCAAGUCGUUCACGUGGCUGCACGAACUUUUCGUGGAAUGAACAAGUUGGGGGGCGCGGGGUUUGUGAAGUCUGUAAACGCAGAUGGAACCGUCGACGUCAAGUACGUUUUAGGUGGACAAGAGCGAGGUGUGGCACUGGAGUAUGUGUCUGCAGAAGCUCAGGACGCCCCAGAUGCAGACUCUUCGAAUCGGCGACGUCGAGGGUGACAGUCUUGUUCGUCAACAGCAUUUGCCGUCGCAGCUCAACUCGGAAUGAAUUCAAUUGUCCUUGUCAA